GCAGCUUCCAGUGCAUGUUCCAUCGCCUUCUAAAUACACCUCCUGGAGGAGGAGGAGGCUGAUGAUGAUGAUGGUGAUGAUGAUGAUGGUGCGCACGACCAUGGUCCCCAUGCACGCUUGCCGAGGGACGUCGCGGCAGUGAAGAUGUUCUGCGCCAGGCUGAAGGAACUUCAAAUAUCCGGAGAGUGUCCCUUCUCCAAAAGCCGCCAGCAGCAGCACCAUCGUCACCAGCAGGAGCAUGAGGAUGAGGAGGAGGAGGAGGAGGGCGAGAAGAAGAAGGGAGCAGAAUUGGGGGAAAGCUCCGCAGCAGCAGCAGGCGACGCCUGCACAGCGGGGGUCUUGCCCGUUUCUGACGGCAAAAAAGACGAGGAGGAUCCACUCCGGGCGAGGAGCAGCCGAGGCAAAGUUAACCUACAUACGCUCGGGGAGAGCAUCCGCAAACUGGCAUGUCCCGAGUUUCAGAGGCUGCACAGCGCCCUGCAAAGAAUGAUGAGAGUUCAAGCCAGGGAUUCUGAAAGCGCCGCAGUUUGUGGCAUAGACUGUAAGGACGAAGCCGAGCAUCUCACCGAGAUGAUGAAUGCUCACUCGGCCAAAACAGCGAUCCCGAUAGAAGCCUUGAAAGUGUCUUUUGGCGAGGAGCUUUUCCACAUGUGUUACGAGGAGGACGGACACAUUCUGAGAGUGGUGGGGGGCGCGCUCCACGACUUCCUCAACAGUUUCAACGUCCUCCUGAAGCAGAGCAACGCGCCCAAAGUGGGCGGAGGGGAUUGCGUAAGCGAGGCGUCCGUGCUGUGCUUAGACAAGGAUCCUGGUCUGCUUACUGUCUACUUCUUCAACCCUCGCCCCACCACCGAGCUCUUCUUCCCAGGGGUCAUCAGGGCAGCGGCCCGCCUGCUCUAUCACAUCACGGUGGAAGUGUUGAUGGACCCGCCCACGGCCAAAGACAGUAUCCUGCAGUCCAACCCGCAGCCCAGUCUUCUAUACACAGUGCUCGUCAAGGGGGAUAAGAACCUGAGCCCGAGUCCACUGAGGGCCUCCUCAGCUGGGACUCUUCCCACCUCUCUGUUCUCCACCAUCUUCCCUUUCCAUCUCAUCCUCGACCAGGACUUGGUUCUGGUGCAAAUAGGACACGGGCUCAGGAAGAGACUGACCAGGAAGGAUGGCCUUCGGCGUCCUUCUAUCUUCCAAGAACACUUCUCCAUCGUUUGCCCUCAGAUUAAAUGCACCUUUCAAUGUAUCCUGACUAUGCUCAACACCCAGUUUGUCAUCCGGAUCAAGCACGGGGUUUCUGGAGCAGACAGCACGGGCAAGCUGAUGGACCUUAAAGGCCAAAUGAUCUACGUUUCCGAAUCAAACGUGAUCUUGUUCUUGGGAUCACCAUGUGUGGAUAAGCUGGAGGAGCUAACGGGUCGUGGCCUCUACUUGUCCGAUAUCCCUAUUCAUAAUGCACUACGUGACGUGGUCUUGGUGGGCGAACAGGCUAAAGCCCAGGACGGUCUGAAGAAACGUCUCGGGAAGGCCAAAUCAGCCUUGGAGCAGGCUCACCAGGCACUUGAGGAUGAGAAGAAGAAGACGGUGGACCUCCUCUUCUCCAUCUUCCCCGGCACCGUGGCGCAGCAGCUGUGGCAAGGUCAAACGGUACAAGCCAAGAAGUUUGAACGGGUCACCAUGUUGUUUUCUGACCUGGUGGGCUUCACCGCUGUUUGCUCGCUCUGUACGCCCAUGCAAGUGAUCACCAUGCUCAACGAGCUGUACACCAGGUUUGACCACCAAUGUGGGGAGCUUGAUGUUUACAAGGUGGAGACCAUUGGUGAUGCAUAUUGUGUAGCUGGUGGCUUACAUAAGGAGAGUGAGACUCAUGCUGUCCAGAUUGCACUCAUGGCCUUAAAGAUGGUAGAGCUUUCAGACGAAGUUAGGACACCGACUGGAGAACCGAUACAGAUGCGUAUCGGCCUCCACACUGGGUCGGUACUGGCUGGUGUAGUCGGGGUAAAGAUGCCACGUUAUUGUCUUUUCGGAAAUAACGUCACAUUGGCCAACAAGUUCGAAUCCUGCAGCCAACCUCGGAAAAUCAACAUCAGCCCGACGACGCACAGAUUGCUGAGGGACCGUCCAGAGUUUGUCUUUAUUCCCAGGAGCAGGCAGGAGCUUCCGGCCAACUUCCCAGAGGACAUCCCUGGAGUUUGUUACUUUUUAGAGGCUUCCUUCAAAACCUAACAACUGACUCGGAUAUGAUGUCCAGCUGCUGCAAAGCUCACGACUAUUGGAUAUGAACUCUCAACCAAUCUCGUUUAUUUUGGAGUUGUUCAGACAGUGACGCUAAGAUGUCGCUAAGUGUCCAUCGCUCCAGCGGUCAUUUGAAAAGUACAGUUAUGUUGCAUCACAGAUAACUGGGAAGUCGGAUAUUUUACUUAAAAAUGAGCUUUGGGAUGUUUGCAAAGCAAUUUGGAAAGUUACUGAAAGACAGUAGUAGUCUCUUUCCAACAUCAACUUCCUGCUUCAGAGUCAUAACAGUAGAGCUAGCAUUUAUUUUUCUGUGCCUUUCACACAGACCCAAUGAAGAGGGAUAUUGUUGUACACCAAUAGUUUGAUUGACAACAUCAAACUAUUGGUGUCACGCAAAUAGCAAUAAUUGCUGUCAACACAACAGGAUGGGAGAAGUCAGCAGUGAGUCCCAUUAUUACAGCGUUCACAAUUUACACAGGCUCUGUUACUACCUCAGAAUGUUGGUGGAAAUACAAUUGUCUGAUUCAAAAACAAAGCAAAUAGUAGCUUGAUCAUCUUGGUCGUCAGCCAUGUUUUAUUUGUUUUCGUGUGAAUGGAACAUUGGACCUUGUAAGCUGCAAGUGGGAUAUUUCUGACUUCCCAGCUGUCUCCGAUGCAGCAUUAAUACCAAUCUGAGAAAGAUAGCACUGUAUCCUCCAUACCAAUAGGGGGCAGCAAAAAAAAUACAACAAGUUGGCAUGCUUAAAUUAAAUAUAGACAAAUAAAUGCUAGUGCUGUGCGAUAUAAGCAAAACAAUGUAUCCUGAUAUAAGUAAUUGUAUAGCUCGAUAACAAUAUAUAUGCCAGUGUCAGGCAUGGGAGGACCCUUUGAGAAGAACAUUUCUAUCAGCACAAAGUAUGGCCACGCAAGCCCCGAGAGAAAACUUUGAAAAUCAGGACUACAUUUCCUGCAAUUGGUUGCAUUUCUACACUAUAUUUUACCUUUGGAUGUAUUCUCAUCUACCAACCUCUUUUGGCUGUCUUUUUUACCCUUACAUGUCCCAUGUAAUGUACCACAGUUUGUUUGUAGUUUUUUUAAUAGAUAAUGUACUAACAUUAUUAUUCUUGAAAAUGUACUGUAAAAUUCUAUAACAUGCGAGAACUCAGAAAAACGUUUUCCAUUUGCCAACUAUAUCCUGUAUUCACGCCCCCUCGGAUAAUAUACUUCUGGUGUUGUGACCUCUGUUUACCAAAAAAUUAGAGAUGUCCGAUAGUAUCAGGCUGCCAAUAUUAUUGGCCGAUAAAUGCUUUAAAAUGUAAUAUCGGAAAUUAUCAGUAUCGGUUUCGAAAAGUAUAAUUUAUGACUUUUUAAAACGCCGCUAUACGUAGUGGUACACGGACGUAGGGAGAAGUACAGAGCGCCAAUAAACCUUAAAGGCACUGCCUUUGCGUGCCGGUCCAAUCACAUAAUACCUACGGCUUUACACACACACAAGCUAAUGCAAGCCAUACUUGGUCAACAGCCAUACUGGUCACACUGAGGGCGGCCGUAUGAACAACUUUAACACCGUUACAAAUAUGCAUUUCGGGAGAACAUCCGCACCGUAACACAUCAUAAACACAACAGAACAAAUACCCAGAACCCUUUGCAGCCCUAACUCUUCCGGGAAGCUAGAAUAUACACCCCCCCCCAUCCCCCCGCCCCACCUCAACCUCCUCAUGCUCUCUCAGGGAGAGCAUGUCCCAAAUUCCAAGCUGCUGUUUUGAGGCAUGUUAAAAAAAAUAAUGCACUUUGUGACUUCAAUAAUAAAUAUGGCAGUGCCAUGUUGGCAUUUUUUUCCAUAACUUGAGUUGAUUUAUUUUGGAAAACCUUGUUACAUUGUUUAAUGCAUCCAUCGGGGCAUCACAACAAAAUUAGGCAUAGUAAUGUGUUAAUUCCACGACUGUAUAUAUCGGUAUCGGUUGAUAUCUGUAAUUAAGAGUUGGACGAUAUCGGAAUAUCGGAUAUCGGCAAGAAAGCCAUUAUCAGACAUCUCUAAAAAAUAUAUACCUUCUCGUUGGCUAGUAACAAAUAGUUUAGAACUACAACUGGUUCAGAACUACCAAGCAGGCACAAGACAUUAAAACAACGUUGAGAACUUGUUUAAUUAUGUUCUGAUGUUGAGCAACUCAAAGCUAACGUUGGAACCACAUGCUUUUUGACAAUGUUUAAUCAAUGUUGGGUUCUGACGUUGAGUUGACCUUUGAAUUUUGGUCAUUUACCAACCAAUAUUCUACAACACAAAUACAACGUUGAAACAACAUGCUUUCUAUUUCUAUUCAAGUUGAUUUGACCAUUGAAAUUUGGUUAUUUCCCAACCAACAACGUGGAUCCAACGUUAGACAUCAACGUUGUCUCAAUUUACAAAUACAACUACUUUGCAACGUUGUUUAGAAUUCAGUUUUAAAAAUCAUGUACAUAUAAUCAAUGUCUUGUGCCUGCUGGGUAACAGUGUUCGGAUUGUAAUCAUCCAAAUAGGGUUAGCAGCAAAGUAGACAGCCGUCAACGUUGUGGCUCAGAGAGCGAACGGAGGCGACAGCAAGUAAGCUGGCUAGCUGGUUAGCAAACUUGCAAACUUGUUUCGGAGCUCCUGAUCAUCUCCCCCAUCCUGAAACUCAAUGCGGCGUUUAGGCAAGAGAAACAGCGAGUACCUGCGGCUGAAGCGAGCGUUAAACACAUUUUGUUUAGAUCCUAUUUUUUAUUGAUAAUUCCUUAAAAAAACGCUGAUUUACCCGUUUAUGCGGACAUUUCACAUGCCUGCCAUUUCUAGUUUUACUUAUCUUUUGUAAAAUAUAUAUAUGUAAAUAUGUAUGUUAUAUUCAUAACAUACAUAUUUUAUAUAUUAAGGCAGUAAAAAAAAAGAAGAUAAAAAGUAUUGUUAGUACCAGCCCUUCUUUUUGACAGUGUAUACUAGAGUCAUGUCAAGAUCUGAAUUUAGAGAUGGGAUCUGUAAUUUCUUGGUGUCUGCGGGACUGCGUGUCAUAGACUGUGCCUUCGGACAUCAACUCUGUCAGGCUCGUUUGGUGUGUUUUUCAAUCAAUCAAUCAAUCAAGGUUUAUUUGUAUAGCACCUUACAAGUUAAAAUCAAGUAAAACCAUGCAAAUUAAAACAGUAGAAAAAAAACCCAAAACAUUAAAUUUUUCAUUUAAUCACUUUGUGUUUUAAAGUAAUGUUUGUAUUUUGUCACAUUUUAACACUGUCUUAGCACUGGUCUUCAAGUGAUAGAAAAUAAUAGACGCUAUUAACGUACUAAGAUUACCCUACUGUUGUUUGGUCGGUCUUACUUUAUUUUAUUUCAAACAAAGAAGUUUCUCUUUUAGGCACCAAUUCUUCUUUGAGUUUUGUUGGUUUAGCUUCCAUUAUGCUUUCCGUGUCUGCUACAAUGUUGACAUCCAUGCUCCUGCAGGCUCUCGCAUAAACUUCUUUCAAAAUACAUUAAAAUGCUCCAAAGUAGCAGUGUUGCAGCGAUUAGCUGCAGCCCAGACUUUAAAAUUACGAUAUAAACAAGAUCACAUGAUAGACAUUUUUAUAUCGUACUACGAUACAUAUCGUAAUAUCACACAGCACUACUACUUUUUACCCAAUGAACUUUACUCAAUCAUUUAUUGCUUUUAUCAAUCUAGCAACAUUUUCCAAAUGAGAUGAGAAUGUUGGCAUAAAACAAUGAUAUUGUGAUUGUAAAUGUGUCGUAAACGAGUUAACUUGUUACCGAAGACAUAUAGCUGAAGAAAGCUUAAAGUAUAGAGAUGUUUACAGUGGGUCUGGGUUAGUUUUUUGCCUCAUCCCCCACUUAAAGCGUGCACUACCGACUUAAUAAGACCUGAUAAGUCCGAAAGAGAAAUAGAUGAUACGGUAUUAUCUGCUCACAGAUGCUUCCUGGUGGUUGUUUGAGCACACUGCAGCUUGUUCUGGAUGGUCCCACUCCUUAAUGCUUCGGUCACACGCAGGAUUCUCACAGGAAUGGGGCAAAUAUAUUACCUUACCUACCAUAGAUGGGACUAGGGGUGUGGGAAAAAAUUGAUUCGAAUUCGAAACACCAUUCUCACGUUGUGCGAUUCAGAAUCGAUUCUCAUUUUUAAAAAAUCGAUUUUAUUUUUUUAAUUUAUUUAUUAAAAAAUAAAAAUAAAUAAAAAACAAUUUUUUAAAAUUAAUCAAUCCAACAAAACAAUACACAGCAAUACCAUAACAAUGCCAUCCAAUUCCAAAACCGACCCAGCAACACUCAGAACUGCAAUAAACAGAGCAAUUGAGAGGAGACACAAACACGACACAGAACAAACCAAAAGUAGUGAUACAAAAAUUAAUAUUAUCAACAACAGUAUCAAUAUUAGUUACAAUUUCAACAUAGCAGUGAUUAAAAAUCCCUCAUUGACAUUAUCAUUAGACAUGUAUAAAAAUAAAAAAAAGAACAAUAGUGUCACAGUGGCUUACACUUGCAUCGCAUCUCAUAAGCUUGACAACACACUGUGUCCAAUAUUUUAACAAAGAUAAGUCAUAUUUUUGGUUCAUUUAAUAAUUAAAACAAAUGUACAUUAUUGCAAUCAGUUGAUAAAACAUUGUCCUUUACAAUUAUAAAAGCUUUUUACAAAAAUCUACUACUCUGCUUGCAUGUCAGCAGACUGGGGUAGAUCCUGCUGAAAUCCUAUGCAUUGAAUGAAUACAGAAUCAUUUUGAAUCGGGAAAAAAUCAUUUUUGAAUUGAGAAUCGUGUUGAAUUGAGAGAAAAAAAUUGAUUUUUAAUCGAAUCGUGACCCCAAGAGUCGAUAUCGAAUCGAAUCGUGGGAUGCCCAAAGAUUCACAGCCCUAGAUGGGAUGCUACAGUGCUAGCUUUUUCAGAUUGUAUUUAUCUAUAAAAACGUCAGUUUACGAUCAAACAUACGUCUUGUGCUCAUCUACAUCUGUACAAACACUCCAAAAUAAGUUAUAAAAUAUUCAUUUUUAAGCCUCAUUUGAGGGAUUUUUGUUCUUCCGAAAAUAUCUUAUAACUGUCCGAGUGCAGCUGGGAUAGGCUCCAGCGACACCCGCGACCCCGAAAGGGACAAGCGGUAGAAAAUGGAUGGAUGGAUGUUUUGUUUUCAUAUUUGAAUAAGUCAAAUGCAAUACGCAAAUAAAUAAAUGUUGGUUUAAAGACAUUAAAUAUGAACAACAUACGAAUGGUAUGGCUUUAUUGGGUUGAUCCAAUGUUAUUAUAGGAAAUCAACUGAAUUCUAGAAAUGUGUUUUUCUGUAAAUAUUUGAACUAUAUUUCUUCCCUGGCUCUUUGCUUGCACCUUGAUGUCAUUGGUAAAAGUAAAAAAAAAAAAAAAAAAACACUGAAUUUGCUCUGUGAAUUAGUGAUUUUGGAAAAGAACGUAAAACGUAGGAUUUUUUUUUUUUUCAAUUCAAGAUUUUUUAUAAAAUAUUCUACACCAAUAUUCACAGAGCAGAUUUGGGUGCCUUAUGGGAGCAGUAUAUGGCACAUUUAGUGUUAAAGGUUUUAUCAUGUUUGGCUUCCUUUUUAUGAAUGCAACCAUAAAUUCUUCCAACAAAGUAUAGAUUUGAAAUACUUUCCCCAUAAUGGAGCUUAUACAUUCCAAUACCCCAGUUUCCUAGUAAAGUAUUUUUACUGUUUUCACUGUACACAUUUAUACUCUAUCUAUUGCAUUGUUUUCAUAGCACAAACAACAUAUAACAAAAUAAUCCAAUGAAUGUCCUAUCACCCAUAAUGAUGUGCUUUAAUUGUUACUGUAAUGUAAACAAGAGUGCAAUAAAUAAACUGACUUAUGUGACUGUGAGUCCAAAGCGUGUAUUGAGAAAAAAAAAAAAGCACCACAAAUGCCAA